AUGGCAGACCCAACCCCAGCUGAACCCGAGCAGCCCACCACCCGGCCAAAAGAAUGCUGGCUGGUAGGAGGCGGGAUGUCCAUCCUCGCCGCAGCCGUGCACCUCAUCCAAGAAGCGAAUAUCCCAGGAACCCACAUCCACAUCGCCGAACUGCACCCCCACUCCGGCCACGAAGACACAAACUACGGCGAUGCCACGAACGGCUACACCAUCCACGCGGGGCUCCAGCCGUCCUUCUACGAGCCGUGCACGCAGCACUUCCUCUCCCUGGUCCCGCACCCCGCGGAGCCCGGAAAGACACUGCUGGAUGUGGUGGAAGCGAAGCGGAAGGAGAUGCUGAGCGGGAUGCAGCAGACCGAGGCCGGGGCCGGGGCCUGGACACGCCUCGUUGCACAGACGGACUCUGGGCCCGGCAGGGUCGACGCAAAGAAGAUGAAUCUACGGCUUAAGGACCGCCUGGACCUUCUCUCGUUUAUGCUGCAGAGUGAGGAGAGUCUCGGUGAGCGGAGUAUACGGCAGUGCUUUGAUUUUCAGUUCUUUGACUCGACGUUUUGGGUGCUUUGGUCUACGUCGUUCGCAAUCCAACCCCAGCAUAGCGCAGUUGAAUUCCAGCGCCAUCUGUCCAAGUAUCUCGAUAAGCUCGAGCAGUUGAGUGGCCCGCAAGUCAUGGGCCACAUGCAGUACAUGUUCCGCGACCUCCUGAUCACCCCAACCAUCGAGUAUCUGAAAAAGCGCGGUGUAUCCUUUGCGAUGUACCGAGACGCCGAGAUCCUCUUCACCGAUUCGCCAGACCCAGGCGCCCGCCCAGCCGCAUCCCAAAUCAACCUGAUCACCGACCGCGAGGACCUCGUCACAAUCUCCAUAGACCCCAACGACAUCGUAAUCGCAAGUCUCGGCCCAGCAUCCUCCCCCUCCGCCCUGGGCUCCCACACCAAGUCCGUAGCACACGAGCUCUACGUCGCAGACCCCGAGAUCGGCGACUCCUGGGCCCUAUGGGACCACCUCGUGGCCGAAAGCCGGCAGCACCCGCGCCAGCUGCCGCAGCUACACUUCGGCAACCCGUCGAACUUCAAGUCGCGCUUCUCCGAAGCAAAGCUCGUCACCUUCACCAUCACCCUGCGCAGCCCCGCCUUCAUCGACCUGUACACCCGCCUCACAGGCAACGAGCCCGGCGCCGGCGCCUUCACCACAAUCGCCGACUGCGCCUGGCACCUGACCAUCAACGUCCCCAAGCAACCUGUCUUCCCGGACCAGCCGAAGGAUGUCCAGGUAGUCUGGGGCUACGGCAUGACGCCCGAGCGGAAUGGCGAGUUCAUCGCCAAGCCGAUGUACGAGUGCAGCGGCGAGGAGAUCCUGCUUGAGCUCGUAGCGCACCUGGGUUUCCCGACGCACCCGAUCGUCUCGACGUCGACGGUCAUCCCCUGCAUCAUGCCGUAUGCCACGUCCGGGAUGCUAACGCGGGGACCCGGGGAUCGCCCGCCUGUGGUCAACGGGGUGUCGAAUCUCGCGGUCGUAGGCCAGUUCGUGGAUAUCCCGGGCGAUACGAGCUUCAGUAUGGAUUAUAAUAUCCACGGGGCGCAGAUUGCGGUUUAUGAGCUGUGCGCGUUGGAGAGGGAGCCUGCGGCGCCGACCAGGAGUUUCUUUAUGAAGACGUUUGAUCUGUUGAAGUAG